CGUACUUAUUUAUUUAUUUAUUUAUUUUCCCCUCUGGUGGGAGAAAAUACUACACCCGCCGGCGGCUGUUUCUCGAGGCUGUGAGGAGCGGGGCUCCACUCCGGCGCCGGGUGACGGGUCCCUCACGCCAGGACUCUGCUGUUGUCUCCACCGAGGCUCCCGGGAGCCCGCAGCGCUCUCGGAGGCAGCCCCAGGCCGGACAGUGCAGGCCGCGGAUGGACGGCGGAGCGCGGGGAGAAACGGGAUUACUAUGACCCUUUUCCGAGGAGCUACGCUACCCGCCACGAGCAGGAAAAAAGGCCAGAAAUACCUCGUUUGGUUGCUGUGUGGUGCCUCAGGCUUCUAGCUUUUUUUUUUUUUCCCUGCAGUUGCCUGGAGUCACUGAGCUGCAUUGGAUAAAUGCUUUUCCCAUCCGAUUGACUCUUUCUCAGAGACUAUUUCUUAAGAACAUCUCCCUGGGCUUCAAUACUUGCUUCAUUUUUUUACGCAAGCGAACGAUUUUGCAGAGCGAUGGCUGCGCUCGAAGUCGCUGCCUGACGCUGUGGAGAGACGCAUUGCAGCUGAAAGUUUCCCUUCCACCUUUGGAUGAAUCUGUGGAGCUUAAAUUGUAGGAAGGAAGGGGGAAAAAAACACGAUGAAAGAGAAGUCCAAAAAUGCUGCCCGGACUAGGCGGGAGAAAGAAAACAGUGAAUUUUAUGAACUGGCUAAAUUACUGCCCUUGCCCUCAGCUAUCACCUCCCAGCUGGACAAAGCAUCCAUAAUCAGACUCACCACCAGCUAUUUAAAAAUGAGGGUGGUUUUUCCGGAAGGACUCGGAGAAGCCUGGGGCCAUUCUAGUCGGACCAGCCCGUUGGAUAAUGUCGGACGGGAACUGGGAUCCCACCUUUUGCAGACGUUGGACGGUUUCAUAUUUGUUGUGGCUCCGGAUGGCAAGAUCAUGUACAUCUCGGAGACCGCCUCGGUGCACCUGGGCUUGUCGCAGGUAGAGCUGACCGGCAAUAGCAUUUACGAGUACAUCCACCCCGCCGAUCACGACGAGAUGACCGCGGUGCUCACGGCCCACCAGCCCUAUCACUCUCACUUUGUGCAGGAGUACGAGAUCGAGCGGUCCUUUUUCCUGCGGAUGAAGUGUGUUUUGGCCAAGAGGAACGCGGGCCUCACCUGCGGCGGCUACAAGGUCAUCCACUGCAGCGGGUACCUGAAGAUCCGCCAGUACAGCCUGGACAUGUCCCCCUUCGAUGGCUGCUACCAAAACGUGGGCUUGGUCGCCGUGGGCCACUCGCUGCCGCCCAGCGCCGUCACGGAAAUCAAACUUCACAGCAACAUGUUCAUGUUCCGGGCCAGCCUAGAUAUGAAGCUUAUAUUCUUAGAUUCCAGGGUAGCUGAGCUAACAGGUUACGAGCCCCAGGACUUGAUAGAGAAGACCCUUUACCACCACGUCCACGGCUGUGACACCUUCCACCUGCGAUGCGCCCAUCACUUGUUGCUGGUGAAGGGGCAGGUGACCACCAAGUACUACCGCUUCCUGGCCAAGCACGGCGGCUGGGUGUGGGUGCAGAGCUACGCCACCAUCGUGCACAACAGCCGCUCGUCGCGGCCCCACUGCAUCGUCAGCGUCAACUACGUCCUCACGGAUACUGAAUAUAAAGGACUACAGCUCUCCUUGGAUCAGGUCACAGCUACCAAGCCGGCAUUCUCAUACGCAAAUUCAACUCCGACCAUAGCGGAUAAUAGAAAGGGAAGCAAAUCUCGCCUCUCGAGCACAAAGUCAAAAUCAAGGACAUCACCAUACCCACAGUAUUCUGGCUUUCACACUGAGCGAUCUGAAUCUGACCACGAGAGCCAGUGGGGUGGGAGCCCCCUGACUGACACCGCUUCUCCGCAGCUCCUGGAGUCUGCGGACAGGCCGAGCUCCCAGCACCACGACGUCUCCUGUGCCUACCGGCAGUACUCGGACCGCAGCGCGCUCUGCUACGGCUUCGCACUCGACCACUCCCGGCUGACUGAGGACAGACAUUUCCAUACGCAGGCCUGUGAAGGGGGCAGGUGUGAAGCUGGCAGAUACUUCCUCGGCACGCCGCAGCCCGGAAGGGAGAGCUGGUGGGGCUCUCGCUCAGCGUUGCCCCUCACAAAGUCAUCCCCUGAAAGCAGGGAAGCGUACGAAAACAGUAUGCCCCACAUAAUGUCCAUGCACAGGAUUCAUGGGAGAGGACACUGGGAUGAGGACAGUGUCGUUAGUUCUCCUGAUCCUGGCUCUGCCAGUGAAUCAGGAGACCGAUAUCGCACUGAGCAGUAUCAAAGUAGUCCACACGAACCCAGCAAAAUUGAAACUCUAAUAAGAGCCACCCAACAAAUGAUUAAAGAGGAAGAAAACAGACUACAGCUACGGAAAACAACCCCUGAUUCGCUGGUCUCCAUUAAUGGCACAGGGAAAAAGCACACUAUCUAUUUUGCAAGCUAUCCUCAGCAGCAGUUGGCAGGGGAUGUCUGCCGCGUCCCUACAGUGGCCAACACUCCUCCCUGUGAACACAUCCAGCAACGAGAUGGAAAGAUUGUGAGCCCACAUGAGAAUGACUAUGACAACAGCCCCACAACGCUGUCUAGGAUAAACAGCCCCAACUCUGACCGAAUAUCAAAAUCUAGUUUGGUACUAGCUAAAGACUACAUGCAUUCAGACAUGUCCCCUCAUCAAACCCCAGGGGACCACCCAGCAGCUUCUCCUAAUUAUUACAGCUCCCAUAGGCAGUACUUUGAUAAGCAUGCUUAUACAUUAACUGGAUAUGCGCUGGAGCAUCUAUAUGACACUGAAACCAUUAGAAACUAUUCGAUAGGCUGUAAUGGAUCACAUUUUGAUGUAACUUCUCACUUAAGGAUGCAGCAAGAUCCAGCACAAGGACACAAGGGGACAUCUGUUAUAAUAACCAAUGGAAGCUGACACUUUUUCUAAAAACUUUUGUGCGUUAAACAAUAAUCUUUGAGACGUAAUUGGAAGAUAUUCUAUGUUUUCAUGCCCUUGUUAUUACCAGCAUUUGAUAUACCACAGUGCACUACAGAGAAUAACCUGAGGUUUUGGGGGAUAAGUUAGUUAACACAUGUUACUUUAAAAAAAAAAAAAAAAGUGCUGGCAUGCAAGGUUAUAGUGAAUGGAGCUAAACUCAUACUUGGUGCCAUGCUAGGUGGAAGGGAUGGAAGAGGUCUAGGCGGGGAGCACCUGGGGCAGGCUAGUAGAGCAAUUUAUGCACACUGUGUAAGAGGUGGUUGUUUGUAAAUGCUGCCAAGGGCAGACCUCCUGAACUGCAUGCGCCCCACAGGUCCCAGCCAACAAAACUGCUAUGCACUGUUUUUACGCAGAAAGUUGGAAUGUGUUCCUUUGAAAUACACAUCAAAAUGUGUA